UUUUUGACAAUAGUCGUUUACGUCAGUUUGACAGCAUCGAGUUUAGCGGAAACAAGAUUUGUAGUUGAUGAAUCUCUGCUUCCUCAAUUUUUUAAAUGGAUUCGAACAUUCUUUCAACUAAAACUCAGAAGCUGCAACCAGAGGAUCUAGCUCGUUAUUUAGAAAAAAUUAAAAUUGUGGAUGGAGUUGAUCCGUACUGCAUGCGAUUCGACGCCGAGAUGCUACCACUAACAGUGGAUUACGACAAGAUAUUUGCUUAUUUAAUUAGCAAAUUAUCAUUCAGAAGUGGAGCUCCUCAUAAAAAUGUCAAAUCAUUGGACGCCUACAAAACUUUCCAAUCCGGAUUCGUUAGGGAAGUGAAAGGAUAUAAGCAUAAUCAGGUGUUCGUCGUUUUUGGAAAGGUGCUACACAGUAUGAGUGUUGGUGAAGCUCCGGCAGAAUGUUGGAUCAUAGUGAAUGAUAACGAUUCCGAAGAACAAGCACUAGGAACAGUUUUAGCGGCCCACUGUGAUUGUACUGCAGGCGCUGGAGAAACUUGUUCGCACGUUUCGGCUAUUCUGUAUGCUUUAUCGUAUGCCAGAGAAAUAUGUUUGGGAAAGCAUUUAUCUGUGACGGAAUUGCCUUCAUAUUGGAUUGCUCCAGCGGGGGCUAGCGCAAACGCCGAUUUGUAUAAGCCAAUUGAAACAGUCGACUUUGGCAGAAAACGAUUAACAACUUGUGAUUUGCGCGAUGCUCCAUUGGACAGAACCGAGGAAGAGUACAAAAAACUGAUCGAUAAUAUUGUUCAAACGGGACAACAUGUGGCGGCCAGUGGUGCAUUCUUUCUAAGAACUGACAUUAACGUAGAAGAAAUUGAAAUCAUUCGAUGUAGAGAGCGUCUGGAAUCGUUGUCGUUACAGAGUCACUUCAACGACACAAACGUUGGUAAAUCGCUAGAGGAUUUAGUGUCACUAGGAAAAUCCAUAAACUGGACCAUCGAUGCCAGCGAUUGUUUUUCAAUCGAAGAAAUGACCAGAAAACAACAUGCUGAACCAUUGUGGUUUAAGCUGAGAUAUGGUAGAGUAACUGCAUCAAUUUUUCACCGCUGUACCAGAACCAGUCUCUCUAAUCCAUCGAAAUCGCUUCUGAAAUCAAUUAUAAUUCAAAAGGAAGGACAGAAUUUCCCAGCUACGCUGCAUGGCAAACGCAAUGAAAUGAAAGGAGUUGAUGCAGCUAUCGAAGUUUUCAAACAAAGCAGACAUAGGAAUCUUAGAUACGGAAAAUCAGGAUUGGUUAUUUCCCCCCUAUAUCCUUACUUCGCCGCAUCGCCUGAUUAUAUAAUCAAUUGUGACUGCUGCGGAAAAGUAGUUGUAGAGGUCAAAUGUCCUUUCAAAUUCGACGUGCUAUCGCGAGAAGAAGGAAUCAAUGUACUACUCAAUCGAAACCAACCUUAUAUUUUGAAAAACAACAACGGUUAUUUAACAGUAAAUCAAAAUCACGCUUACUAUUAUCAAAUACAAAUGCAAAUAUUCAUUUCUAAUGCAGCGUACGGUUUUUUUGUUAUAUGGGCUCCAAAGUUUACUUUGUUUUUCAAAAUAAAACAAAAAUGA